CCAUAGAAACGAUAAACAACCACAUUACCAUUGACCAAACAUGUCGCUUCAUAUUGUUGUCCGGUCGUAUUCCAAAGGCGUUCGAUCAUCAAAAUUUUAACAAACAAAAACGAAUAAUUAUAUUUUUAGUGGAAUAUUAAAAAUCCAAUUAUAAGUCACAGCCAUGACUAAUCAUCAACAACAAAUUGAAAAACUUUUGUCGUCGAUGGGCUGGACCGACGGCAGCUUUGUUCCAAUAGCAAACGAUGAGAAUAAAAUGUUAAUGGAACAAAUGCAACAUCGUUCAACGGAAAAAGAGCAUAAAGUUGAAUUAGAACGACAAUUAAACGAUCGACUGCAGAGACUGACUAAGAAUUUGGACAAUACUCAACAAACCAUUCAAGAAAACUCGAAAUUAUUGGAGGCUCAUAGAUCACAAUUGACGGAUGAGCAACACUUGUUUAAAAUAUCGGAACAUGAAUGUUCUACGUACACGAGGGGUGUAAGGGAUGUGCAAAAACAGCAUCAAGACUUGGAGAAAAAUGAUAAGCGAGCCAACGACGAAAUGGAAAAACUUUGCCAAAUCAUGGAAAAGUCUACGGCACAUAUUCAUUGGAUGAAGGAAGCUUUAGAUGAAUGGACGACGGCUAUGGUACGCGGGGAUGAGACAAAUAAAUUGAUUGAAAAGUACUGUACGGAGGAUAAGAAGCGAGCAGAGGAACUAGAAUACAAGCGCAAGACAAUCCAACAAGCAAUUGGCAAGCAACGUGUUGCUCUCGUCAGUUCUUACGAAGAACAAAAAUCGUUGGAAAAUGUUCUGGACCGGUUAUCGAAACAGUAUCGCCAAGUCCAUAGUGAGCGGCAGCAUAUGAUCACAACAUGGAAAAAGGCGGUCAAAUCAUUGAAUGGACGAAUAAGCGAAAUCGAAACGGUCAGCCAUGAUAUCGAAAAAUCUCGAGCGACAACCGACAAGAAGAACCAAGACCUGAAAGAGCAUGUUGAAUUCUUGCAACACCAAGUCGAAAACAAUAAGGCCAUUGAAAUUAAAAUCGCCGAAAUGAAUGAUAAAAUCAUUGUAAUUCGUCGAAAGUUAACUGAUUUGGAAGAUGAGACUACGUUACAGACAAAUGAACUGGUCACGCUGAGGAAAUUGAGUCAGAAUUUAGCCGGAAGACUAGCACAACAGCGGUUCCAAAAUCGACAGUCGCAUCGUGAUCAUGAUGACAAACAGAGCGCGUUUGAGAAGGGGAUAGUUACAUUCGAUACUCUACAGAAGCAAAUGAAUUCUUUUAUCGGCAGGAAGUUUAGCGCACAAGAUCGUUUAAAACACAUUGAAGAUUUGAUGGAGGGUGAAGAUAAGGCUCUUAAGGUUUUAAUGGCGGAACAAUCACGAUUAGGAAAAGCUUUGUAUCGUGGACAACAAAUAGCACAAAAUUAUCGUAACGAAUGCAAAAUCAUUGAGACUGAUUCGCAUCGACUAGAAGCGGCUGUAACCAAUUUCGGUAAAACAUUCAGGGAUCAAAAUAAGGAACUGCUUAAACAGAGCGAGAUAGCGUAUAAUGUCGACUGCAAAAUCGCAGAUGUUCAAAAUCGCAUAGCAAAAAUGGAGGGCGCAUCAACCGAAUCCACAGAUCCAGAAGUCGAACGGAAGUUGAUCGAAUUUGAAAAAUUGUACGUGGUGAAAGAGAGUAGGUUAGCGACAAUGAGGGCAGAAUCAGAGAAAUUGGACAACGAUAUGCGACGAUUGACUGUGGUUUAUAGCGAUGCGUUGAAUGAAUUGCAAAAGCUGGACGACAAGAUACAAGCAAAGCAAAUGGAAUGUGAAGGUGGUCAAACGGCUCUAAAAACUCUGACGUUGAAUCAUCAUGAGCGAUUGGUGGAACAUAGUGUGAUCAAAAUGAGGGUGUGUCAAAUGGAAGGUAUGGUACAAAAGCAAAUGAACAAAGUUUGCGGCCUGGCAAAACAUAAAGCGGAACUGGACAAGGCAAUGAAUGAACGAAUAUACGAAUUACAAAUGCAGAAAGAUUUACUGUUAACGAAACGCAAACAAUUAAUGGCCCAGUUGAGUCAGCUGAAAGCCGAUGUUAGCGAACGGAAAUUAAAAAUCGACGCAAUAAUUGCACGGUACGAGCAUUCCGUUGAGUUGUUGGGGCGAAACGAAGACGGAACAUUGGUCAGUGCCGUGCAGGUUAAGGUGAAAAAUGCACAAGAGAGACAAAUGCUGAUGCAAGAAGGAAAUGUUUUAAACGAGAAAGUGGUGAAGGCAGAGCGCGAUAUCAAGAUGAUUGAAAAUACGUUAAUUUUGGUGAACCACUCGAAUGAAAAAUACAAAAGAUCGAUUGACAAUGUGACAGACAACAACAAGGAAGCAGUUGAAUUAAAUGCUGCAAAUUCUCAAUUACACGAAUCCCUAAUGCAACUGAAACAUUUAAAAGCGAAUUACGUGUACAUCGCUAACGAAUUGGACCAUUUGCGUUUCCAGCGCGAACAGAUCGAAAAGGAUCUGGACGAUGUGUCGCGAUAUCGCAUGGAAAAUAAUGAUCAUUUGAUGAAGAUCCACAAGGAAAUUCUAGACCAAAAAUCCAAAAUGGAACGAGCCGAACGAGAAAUGAAGUCGUCGCGCAAAGAUGCCGCUCAAAAUUUGAACGAUAAAGAAUUUUUGCACAGUUUCGAUAGGGACCUAGAAGUCAAAGAGAAGGAGCAUCGGAACAAUGUUGCUUUGCAGCAACUGGCCGAAAUGGUAGACUCUGUCAUCGGUAUGGGUCCAAUCGUUUCGCAACAUUUAUGCGAAAAAGGUUUGAGUGUGCCGCAAGCAACUGGCUCGUCACGCUUAACGUCGCAUCGCAGUGAGAGCGAGUAUAGUCUAAGGCACGGCAGUUCGUCAAAAUUAUCGCAGCGAUCAUUUUUGUCCUCUUGCUCGUCGUCUAAUUCUACCAAAAACAACGAAAGCGCUAAAAGUACCGGUCCAACGGUAAUCACAUUGGAUUUUCCUGACAAUAAAAUGAAUUGCGGAUCGGUUAACAAAAUGGGCAGAAUUCACAAGAAGUAAUUGUUUGUAAUUAUGGAAAUUAUACUUAUUCGAAUUUC